AUGGCUUCCUCUGCAACCAAAUUCUUGUGCUUGUUCCUCAUUUUGGGCCUUGCCUCCCCAAGCUUGGCCACCGUCGUCUACAAAGUCGGCGGCGACAUUCUGGGUUGGAACGAGGGCGUUAAUCUUAAUGCAUGGGCCUCCGACAAGGACUUCAAAGUCGGAGACGUUCUCGAAUUCAACUAUUUGCCACUUGUGCACAACGUGGCGCGAAUGGCAGAUGAAAAUGCUUUCGUUAAUUGCAUCACAGACCAGAAUCUGAUCAUUGACGCCAGCGGCAGCACAUCUGUUGUUCUUAACCAAGUCGGUGAUUUAUUCUUCACCUCUUCUGUCCUCACAGACUGUGUUUCCAAUCUCAAGAUGAAAGUCUCUGUGAAGUCAAGCUGAUCUCAGCUCAGCUUUCUUCCAUGGAUCAUCGUAUCACAUCGAUCUUCAAUUCCUAUAUAUGUCUGUCGUCUUUAAUUUGUAUGAAUAACGUAGACUCUAUGCAUGCAUGCAUGCUACCUAUAAGUCUGCACGUAAUAAUAAAUAGGAGCUCUUCAAUGUAUCUAGCUUGUUUAUCACUGUGUACGUAAUAAAUAUCUAAAAACAUAAUAAGUCUCAAUCAAGGUUAUAUCCUUGAUUUAUGUCCCUCUUUUUGGAUGCUAAUAAAUGCGUACAUUUUACUUUAAAUGUUGUA